AUGUCUUCCCCAGCCGUUCAACUCUCUUUCACCCUUCGCACCUCUCCCAACGUUCGGACCGUACACUUACUCGGUUCCUGGGAUGGUUACAAAUCGCAACUACCAUUGUCCGCUGUCAAGGACGCAUCCGCCAAACCAGGAAGCUGGAAGGGCACAUUCCGCUUUCAAGGAUCCAAUGCACUCAAACUUGGCAGCCGAUAUUGGUAUUAUUACAUUGUCGAUGGAUACCACGUCUCUCAUGAUCCCGCCAAAGAAUUUGUCACUGAGAAAACCACUGGCCGCAAACUCAACGUGAUCGAUGUUCCCGCUGGUGACAGAAAGGCCUCUCGCCCCACAGUCAACACCCAGAAUCUCUCGAACAGACACUCCCGUGAUAUUCCAACCGGUCGUGCCUUGAGUCCCGGAAAGAUCCAGCACCCAAAACCAACCAAAGCAUUCGCCAGUCGUGGACUACGAGAAGCAGAUUACGAUACAUCCCCCAUUGAUGACCUCGAAGAACGCUUUUCUGGUUACCGCAUCAGCUCUGGCGGCUCAUCGGCCUCACCAUCUGAUCUCUCUGAUGACAGUUCAAGCUCAGGUACAGCCUUCAGUCGUUCAUCGCCAUCCAGCUUGUCAAGCGUGUCCAAUCACUCAUGCCGCUGCGAACGCUACGGUGUGACAAAAUCAGGACAACGCGUCAAGAUUGACUGCGGCGGGAAACGCUGUGGUUCAUGGUCAUCUAGCUCUAGUGAGUGUGAUAGCCAAGACAGCGAUGAUUCUUCAGAAGAUGAACGUGAAUAUCGAGCUCGAAUGAGACGAGAACAGGAGAAGAAAUCCUCCUCUCACGGCCACGGUAGCACUGGAACUAAACGUCCUGAGGAACACCGCCGUGCCGUGGUCGUUGAGAGACGACGGAGAUGA